AACUGCCUUGAGCACUCUGGACAUUUCUCUGAGGGACAUCUUCAAGGAAUACUGCUCCAGGAGUUUGGAUUCCCCUCAAUCUCAAUUUCUUUCUAAGCAAAGAGUGAGAGAGACAGAGAGAGACAGUGUGUGCAUCCUGGCCUGGUUUCCUUCAGGAGCAACAGCCCCUUAGAAGAGAGAACUUGCCAAGACAAAAUGAAUGCUAUGUUAGGUGUCCUCUUUGCCUUGGCUAUCUUUGUGACAUUUUGUGAUGCUGAGUGCACAUUUUUUCCCUUGGAGAUCUCUCCAGGAGGUGAACCAGAAGGUUGCCGGGAUUCUAAAGGUGAAUUGCACGCCUUCAACACCCAAUGGGAAUCCAAUUGUAUGCGCUGUUCAUGUAAUUCAAGAUAUGGACUAGUUUGCUGCAGCAUGGUGGUAAAGCCUAAAGACUAUGACAAUGUUGCUUGCAAGGAAAUUUUCAACCAGCAGUCCUGUACAAUAAGUGUUGUAGAGAAAGCCAAUCCCGCUGUAGCCUGUAACGUCCCACGGUAUUCAGGUUAACAACUCAAUCUUCUCUUCCUGAUGUUGCUGCCAAGGUCAUUGCAUCCCAACGGAACUUGUAGAUUCUUGAAGCAAUUACCCUUUCCUUGGAAUUCAGAGCAGCAGGGCCUAGGAACCAUAUGGCCAUUACCUUGGAUCUUCAUUAUAUUGAAAACAUUGUCAAAUCUUAGGCACACUGAUUCAAACCACAAAGUGCCAUCUCUGUGGCUUCUGAGAUCCUCUAGGCAUUUAGGUUGUGCCCAUACCUCCUGUAACCUGCUGUCUGAUGGAUGCCCAAAGAAAAUAUAUUGUCCUGUAGCAUGAAAUGAAUCUGUCCUUUUCCUUUUAAAGAAUCAAUGUCCAAAUUAAGUAUAGAAAUGAGA